AUGAAGGCUAAGCUCAAGGGUGCCGAGACGGGCCACAGUCUGCUAAAGAGAAAGAGUGAGGCUUUGACCAAUACUGAAACAGAAAUCACAAGACGUAUUGACGAAGCCAAGCGGAAGAUGGGACGCGUGAUGCAGAUUGCCUCUUUCUCUUUGGCUGAGGUUACAUAUGCCGUUGGCGGUGAUAUCGGCUACCAGAUACAAGAAUCGGCUAGAUCAGCCCGAUUCCGCGUGCGCACCAAGCAAGAGAAUGUAUCCGGUGUUUUGCUCCCAGCAUUUGAGAGUUACGUGACCGAAGGAAACAACGAUUUCGGUCUUACAGGCCUAGGAAAAGGUGGCCAGCAAGUUCAACGUUGCCGCGAGACGUACGCUCGAGCGGUGGAGGCGUUGGUCGAGCUCGCCAGUCUUCAGACUGCCUUCGUAAUUCUUGACGAAGUAAUCAAGGUUGUCAACCGGCGUGUCACUAGCGAACAUGUCAUUAUUCCCAGAACAGAAAAUACCAUUAAGUAUAUCAAUUCGGAGCUGGAUGAAUUGGACAGAGAAGAGUUUUAUAGACUUAAAAAGGUUGCGAACAAGAAACAAAGAGACACCGCGGCUGCAGACGCGGAGAUCAAGGCCAAAAAGGCUGCCAAGGCAGAACAAGCAAACAACGAAUCUGCAGGACCGACCGAUAUGCUUGCUGCUGAAGAUGACAACGAUGUUAUCUUUUAA